AUGUUUGGUUUGUAUCACAGUCACCGACCUGCCCUUCCCUCCCUCCCUUUCUUCCCAGGCUGUGACACAGGCUUCGGGAAGGCUGCAGUGCGGCGUCUGGACGCCCAGGGUUUUGAGGUGUUUGCUACGGUGUUGGAUCUGUGUGGGGAGGGAGCCAGGGAGCUCCAGAAGACCUGCUCCUCUCGUCUCACCCUGCUACAGGUGGACAUCACCCAGCCAGAGCAGGUCCAACAGGCUCUUCUAGACACCAAGGCCAAACUGGGCCUCAGAGGCCUGUGGGGCUUGGUGAAUAAUGCAGGAGUAUGUGUUAACUUCGGGGAUGCAGAGUUGUCUCUGAUGUCUAACUACCGUGGCUGUAUGGAGGUGAACUUCUUUGGGACUCUGAACGUCACCAAGACAUUCCUGCCUCUGCUGCGUCAGGCCAAGGGACGCAUCGUCACAAUCUCCAGCCCUGCAGGAGAGCAGCCGUUCCCCUGUCUAGCAGCGUACGGAGCCUCCAAGGCAGCUCUCAACCUGUUCAUCAACACACUGCGCCACGAAAUGGAACCCUGGGGGGUCAAAGUGUCCACCAUACUGCCAUCCUCAUACAAGACAGGUCAGUCCGGUAACCAGGAGUACUGGGAGAGUCAGUACAAGAGCCUGAUCCACAACCUGUCCGCAGGCCUGCUGGAGGAGUACGGGGAAGACUACACGCACGAGACCAAGGAGCUCUUCCAACAUUUCGCCCAGUCGGCUAACGAGGACCUGUCACCAGUCAUCAACACCAUCAGCGAGGCGCUGCUUUCCCCCCGGCCCCUGGUCCGAUACUAUGCUGGGCCCGGCGUGGGCCUCAUGUACUUCGUUUAUAGUUAUUUCCCUCUGAGACUCUCAGACAAGUUCCUCCAGAGACUAUUUGUCCAGAAGAAGAUCAUCCCACGAGCGCUGAGGAAAGAGAACAACAACAACAACAACAACAUCAACAGCAACAACAACGUGGAGAAGAUAAAGAAGUAAAA